GAUCUUUUUGCUCUAGAUAUAGCUGCCGUGUAGUGAAUCAGAACGUUCUUCACUCAAAGUCACUCGUUAGUCAAGCAUUUUUGUGACUGUAUCGCAAUAUUCCAAGAAAUAUCACCAUGUCUAAGAUUCAAGGAGGAACCGUUGUUGAGAUGCAAGGAGAUGAGAUGACAAGGAUCAUAUGGGAUGACAUCAAAGAGAAGCUCAUCCUUCCAUUCAUUGAUCUCAACAUACAGAGUUAUGAUCUCAGCAUUCAGAAUAGGGAUGCUACGGAUGAUAAAGUGACUGUAGAGUGUGCAGAGGCCAUCAAGAAGUGUAAUGUUGGCAUUAAAUGUGCUACUAUUACCCCUGAUGAGAAGAGAGUUGAAGAAUUCAACCUGAAGAAGAUGUGGAAGUCACCUAACGGUACGAUCCGAAACAUCCUGGGAGGCACCGUGUUCAGGGAAGCUAUCAUCUGCAAGAACAUUCCUCGACUGGUUGUGACAUGGAACAAACCUAUCGUCAUUGGCCGUCAUGCUCACGCUGAUCAGUACCUAGCCACUGACCUUGUCGUACCUGGCAAGGGCAAGAUGGAGAUGAAGUUCACUCCAGCGGACGGCAGUGAACCUCAAACAUUCACCAUUCAUGACUUCAAAGAUGGCGGUGGCGUUGCUAUGGGAAUGUUUAACACUGAUGUCUCCAUUACAAACUUUGCUCAUUGUUGCUUUCGCUUUUCCCUUGAUAGAGGCUAUCCUCUCUAUCUCAGCACCAAGAAUACGAUUCUAAAGCGUUAUGAUGGUCGGUUCAAGGACAUCUUCCAGGAGAUCUAUGAGAAGGAAUACCGGGCAGAUUAUGAGGCCAAGAAUAUCUGGUAUGAGCAUAGACUCAUAGAUGACAUGGUGGCCUUCGCUAUGAAGAAUGAAGGUGGAUUCGUCUGGGCCUGUAAGAACUAUGACGGAGAUGUUCAGAGUGACUCCGUAGCACAAGGCUAUGGAUCCCUUGGUAUGAUGACAUCAGUACUGGUCUGCCCUGAUGGGAAGACAGUCGAAUCAGAAGCUGCUCAUGGCACAGUCACAAGACAUUAUAGAAUGCAUCAACAAGGCAAAGAAACAUCUACUAACUCAGUUGCUUCCAUCUUUGCCUGGACUCGCGGUCUUGCACACAGGGCCAAGUUGGAUAGUAAUGAAGCCCUUGCCAAGUUUUCUACAGCCCUAGAAGAAGCCUGUAUUGAAACUAUAGAGGGGGGUACAAUGACCAAAGAUCUCGCUAUCUGCAUCAAGGGAAUGGCAAAUGUCACCCGUGCUGACUAUGUGAACACCUUUGAAUUCAUUGAGAAAGUAGCUGAGAUUGUUGCUGCUAAGUGUAAUUGACUAGUAACCAGCAAACUAUGAAAAUCUAGUGGCAUAAUAGGGAGGGGUUCAUGUCAAUCAGAAUAGAAAACAUUGUUUGUUUUUUAAUUUAUUUUUAUUAAGGCAGUCAUUGUAAAAUAAUUGUAGAUGUAAAUCUAUUUUUCUGGUGCUGUAAUAAAGAGUACACAGUAUUUUUAUGAAAUAUCGCAUUUAGUAUGAUAACAGGAACAAUAAUUACGAUUUCAAACAAUGAAUUGUGUUAUUUUUUCAAUGGGCUACAUUAACAAAGAGAUAUUUAAUGCAAAUGAAGCAAGUUGAGAUAAUUGAAGCUAUUUAAACCCUUGAUAUGCAUGUACAAUGUUAUAAUUUGAGUGAUUAUUGUCUGUGUAUUUAGCUCUAGUGACGUUUACUCCAAUUGCAAUAUUGGUUGCCUUGCUGAAUCUCUCAAAUGCGAUAUCAUAUCAGUUGAUGCUGCAGUAUCUAUAAGUACAUAUACAAAGAGCAUAGGCAGAGAUACACUUAGUGUACCGACAUGCCAAAAUACUCUACAAAUACAGUUGGUUUUAUUAGGGCUAUUUCUUGUACGCUUGGUCUUGUAGUUUUUAAAGUAAUUGUUUGUGUGUGAUUCUUUUUUAAUUGUUUUCUUGUUAUUUAGUUUACCUAGGCUGUAUGUAGUGGAAGGUUCUUUUUAGAUAUAUAAUAUAUAUGUAUUUGUGCAACAGUAAUUAAUAUUAAUAGCUUUCACAUUCCUUUAAUGUUUCUUAGUCAAAUAAUGAUAUGAUAACAGCAGUUUGGCAUUGGACAUUUUAAUCAAGUAUUCCUGAACAUGCUUACUGAUGUGUAAAUAAAUGUACCUGCCACCCCCCUCCCCCUCCCGACAUUCCUGUUACCAAUUCUCUUUUUAGUUUGUAUCAUCCAUUCAAGUAUUUACUUCAGGAAAGUGGUAUCACCAAUAUAACCAUUUCUAUGGAUGAUAUAUCAAUUCAGCAAGCAAGCCUGACAUCUGUACUGACAAGAUUUUGUUUAUUGUCUCUACACUUGGUUUUUGUGAUUUAAAGAGGGACUCUUUACCAUAAGAGAAUAUUGACCAAGGCAUUGAGCUUCCAUUUAAACUGUAAAUUCAUGUAUUCAUUCUUGUAUGUGUAUGGAUCUUUUGACACAAACAUCAUUCAGUAUGCAUUGCUGUAUUGUAAAAUAGUUGACCAAUGUGACAUUAUGUAUUACUCCCAUAGCCUGUACUCUUACCAUCCCAGUCUAUUAGAAUUGAUUUCAUAAAUGAAAUCCUCUUUGGAGUUAGACUGCUUGAAUAAGGUCCUUUCCUGUUGGUAUACUUUUAAGGCAGUGUGAGUGAGUGUAAAUCUGAUAGUUAGAAGGACAUUAAAGCCCCUGCAGCUACUUGCGCCCUCUAUAUAGCAAACGAUGCCUAAUCGGUACCCGUUGGUCCCCCUUUUCUUAUGUUAAAUGAGAGCUGAGUUGAUGAGAUAACCACCUGUCAGUAACCAUGCAGGGAGGUCUAAUCCCUCAGGGCCAAACUAGUGCAGACAGGCUUUAACACUAUGUACGUCAUACAUUCCUCUCUUACAGUGGUGACAAGUUUACAAUAUUAAAGAGAAGGUUGAGUUCUGGGAAGAGGUAAACAAUAA